GCCUCGAGGACUGUCAGCGACCUGCCGUUUGACUUGUUACCUCUCACCUGAGCGCGCAUCCACCUCUGGAUACACUCGUCUCUGAGGGAUUCACCCUUUUUGUCUCCGGGUCUGGCACAACCUGUUACUCGAAGGAAAAGGGAGGCUGCGUCGCGUCUGCAGAGAAGUUUUGAAAUUUUGCAACUCACAGAAGGUUAUUUUGUCGGAUUAAAAAACAAAAAAGCAGAGGUAGCUCUGUUUCCAGUGUGAAACCUGACAGAGAGUCAGGAGCCAUGACAGCGCUGGCUGGAGGUUUACCGAUGAUGAUGAGACCGACUCCUCACCAGAACUACCCGCGGGGAGGAUACUCUCUGGAGGUCUCCACUCCGUUAGGACAGGGUCGGGUCAACCAGCUCGGCGGCGUCUUCAUAAACGGCCGACCUCUCCCCAACCAUAUCCGCCAUAAGAUCGUGGAGAUGGCCCAUCACGGUGUCCGGCCGUGCGUAAUCUCCCGGCAGCUGCGGGUGUCCCACGGCUGCGUCUCCAAGAUCCUCUGCCGGUACCAGGAGACCGGCUCCAUCCGGCCGGGGGCCAUCGGAGGCAGCAAGCCAAAGCAAACCGCUGCUCCAGAGGUGGACAAGAAAAUCGAGGAGUACAAGUCAGAGAACCCGGGUAUGUUCAGCUGGGAAAUCAGGGACAAGUUACUGAAAGAUGGAAUCUGCGACAGGAACAACGUCCCCUCAGUGAGCGCCAUCAGCCGCAUCAUGCGCUCCAAGUUCGGCGGAGUCGCUGAGGAUGAGGAUGAUGAGGAAGUGGUGAAGAGGGAGAUGGAGGAAAACGAACCGCGCACAAAACACAGCAUCGACGGAAUCCUGGGAGACAGAUCCAGUCACUCAGACGAGGGCUCCGACGUGGAUUCGGAGCCUGGGCUGCCCCUGAAGAGGAAGCAGCGCCGCAGUCGGACCACCUUCACGGCGGAGCAGCUGGAGGAGCUGGAGAGGGCCUUCGAGCGCACACACUACCCCGACAUCUACACGCGGGAGGAGCUGGCUCAGCGGGCCAAACUGACAGAGGCUCGAGUGCAGGUGUGGUUCAGCAACAGAAGAGCCCGGUGGAGGAAGCAAGCUGGAGCCAGUCAGCUGAUGGCGUUCAACCACCUCAUCCCCAGUGGUUUCCCUCCGUCGGCCAUGUCAGGCCUGCAGUCCUAUCAGCUGUCCGACAGCCCUUACCCUCCUACUUCCAUAGCUCAAAUCUCCGAGCAGCCCAGCACAGUCCACAGACCGCAGCCGCUGCCGCCCACGUCCGUGCACCAGAGCGGCCUCAGCUCGUCAGCGGGCUCUCAGGACGCGAGCUCCGCGUAUUGCCUGUCUUCUGGACGUCACGGUUUCUCAGGAUACUCGGACAGCUUUGUGACUUCGUCGGGGCACAGCAACGCCGUGAACUCCACCAUCAGCAACAGCCUCUCGCCACAGGUGAUGGGCCUGUUGAAUCCAGGUGGAGUGCCACACCAGUCCCAGAGCGACUUCGCCCUCUCCCCGCUGACCGGAGGCCUGGAGCCCAACGGAGGCAUGGCCGCCAGCUGUCACGGCUCCCAGCGCCUGGACACUCUACCGGGCCUGACCAGCAUGCCCACCCUUCCCAGCACCCAGUCUUACUGCACACCAUCCUACGCCUCCCCCGCCUACGCCGUGGACCACCAUCCGUCCUACCAGUACGGGCAGUACAGUCAGAGCAAGGUGCCUUUCAUUAUAUGAAGCCCCCCGACAUGGCCCGAGCAGGAGGCUUCUCCCGAGCUAGUCUGAGAUACAUCUCCAGAGACUGCACCCCCCCUCCCAUGCUCACUGCCUUCGCCAAACCUUCCCAGCCCCGAGGACAGCAAGCAGGAGACG